ACAAAGACCCACUGAAACUGAAUAACUUCAACCACGCGAGACAGAGGGGAAGCAAGCUUUAAGUUUUCUCUCUUCGGGACUGAGUUGAUCUUUGAACUACAGGAGUGCUGAAGUAAUCUCUUGCCUUGUUAAUAUUUGCAUUUGUAUAGAGAUUUAAGCAAGCCAACACAGGAUAUACACGUGCGGUAGGCAUAAUUACUUUUUUAUUGAGCCAGUGAAAGGAUAAAAGCGCCAGGACGUUAGGAUGAUCCUAUACCUGGUCAGAGAAUUAAAUCGCGGUUAACAGUGAAAUAGCCUACUUGUUUGCAUGCUCUAAGAACAGGCAAUUGUCGAAUUAUUGCUUCGAAGGGAAUCUCACCUCCAUGUCAAAGUAAAACAUUGCUUAACAAUUUAAGGCAUUGCUUAAUAAUCAGGAAUUCGUGUAGAGCAUUUUUACAAAACCAGCAUCAACAGUUACAAACAUUUCUGUGAAAGACCGACCACGUUCCGACUUUUUCAGAACAAGAUGAAUAUAUUCAGACCUCGCGUGCUGAAAAUCAUGACGAUAUUGGUUGCAACAAAAUGUAUUCUACCACCCGUAGUCUCUGGGCAAUUGUCGAAGUAUUUUUUAGAGGAUAUUUUUCGUUUCUACGGUGAAAAUGACUCACUAUCAACUGUAAAUCUCGAAAAAAUUCUGCAAUUGUUGGAAACCAGAAACCCAGAUCAUGUAUUGGAAGGAGCAAACCCACCGAUACACUCAAAGUGCCUGUCAGCGAAUGACAUCUUGUCUCAGUAUGGCUUGGGCAACGUCAGCCAGCUGAGUGCAGAUGGUUUGGAGAGAAUUUGCCCUGCCCUUCUGAAUCAGGCUGUUCUGCCCCCCUGUCCCCUCAAUGUGCCCGCCACAGAGGAACCUUUGCAUGCCGUUGAUGUCUGGGGAUUUGGGGUCUUGGCUGUCACCAUUAUUAAUCUGGCGGCGCUGCUCGGUCUGGCGCUCAUCCCCUUCACCAAGAAGUCCUACUUCCCCAAGGUGCUCACCUAUUUCAUCGGCCUGGCGAUUGGCACGCUCUUCUCCAAUGCCGUGCUUCAGCUCAUCCCGGAGGCCUUGGGGUUUGAUCCCAAAUCUGACAACUACAUCACAAAAGCCGUUGGAAUAUUUGGAGGAUUCUAUCUGCUUUUCGUCACAGAAAAAAUACUGAAGAUGGCACUGAAAACUGACCCCGAGCCCGGGCACAGUCACUUCUCGCCCCCGGAGCAGCUCCGGGCCAACUCUCUCCAGAACGGGGAUGUGGCGGGCAAAGCCGAGGUCAUCGCCGUCACCAGCUUCAGCAGUGUCAACAGUGACAAGGCCAGCGUGACCUCAGAACCUCCCACGGAGCAGGACGUGCACGUCUCCACGGUAACCUGCCGCUGGCUCAGGGGGGAGCGCAUCUCCAAGAUCAAGACAGUGGCGUGGAUGAUCACCCUGAGCGACGCCCUGCACAACUUCAUCGACGGCCUGGCCAUCGGGGCCUCCUUCACCGUGUCGGUGCUGACCGGCUUCAGCACCUCCAUCGCCAUCUUCUGCGAGGAGUUCCCUCAUGAGCUGGGUGACUUUGUGAUACUGCUGAACUCAGGCAUGAGUAUCCCCCAGGCGAUUUUCUUCAACAUGCUGUCGGCCAUGUCCUGCUACCUUGGGCUGGCGAUUGGCGUCGUGUUGGGGAGCAACUUCGCCCCCAACAUUAUCUUUGCAUUGGCAGGAGGCAUGUUCCUCUACAUCGCACUGGCUGACAUGUAUCCCGAGAUGAAUGCCAUCGUCGCGGAACAGGAGAGGACCACCAGGAACGCCAUCAUUUUCUUCCUGAUACAGAACGUCGGCCUGCUGACCGGCUUCUGCAUCAUUCUCCUCAUCACCAUUUACGCUGGAGAAAUCCACCUGGGAUAGGGGACUUGGAGAGAGGAGAGGCCUUUCUAGCAGUCCCAUCGCUAGAACACCAGCCCCAAAAUCUGGCACCACCGUCCCGUCCCGAGACGUGGGUCCCAACCAAAGCAUUGUGGGUCUCCACUGUGGGUCUCCAUCAUGGGUCUCCACUCGGCCGCUACCACUCUCAAAGCUGACGUAUAAUGUCACCACGGCAACAUUUUGAGAACACGGUGGCAGUUGGACCAUACAGCAGCACUCCUCAGAGAUAACAAAUCUGUUUUGAUUGAUCCACUGAUUCCUGGCCUUUAUGGUCAUGUGAUGAAGCAUUAUUUAUUACAUGCAUCAUUAUCUACCACAGUGUGCUGCAGCAUUGGUUCACCUUUCCUGCCUUUUUUUACACUGCUGCUAAUCCAUGUGCUUUUGUUGAAUCGACCGUAUGGUGAAAGUGGUCCAUGGACCAAUGUCUUUCAAGCCAAAGAGUUUCCUAACAUUCAAACUUUUACUUGCUGGGUGCUUUAUAGCCAAACCAUUAAAUUUGACAGCUUUCACAAUAAGAUGCCACAUAGGCAUCACAGGCAUAAUAAAAAUCACUGUAAAGGCUUGUGCCAGUUGGUCACGUAACCACUUUUUUAUGAGGUUUGAGAGGUGCUGUAAAAACAGCUUCAAAUCAAAGAAGGGAAUAUAGAGUUCGACAUGCCCCCCAAGUUCUGAACACUGUUCAUAUUCCUUUUACUCCUGGGGUGGAAAUAAUGUAUGUAAUAGUUUUCUAACUUCCAGAAGGAAUGGCUGGAAAUAAUUCAGAAUGGUUGGAUUAAAACUUGAAGAUUUUCUUAAUACUAGUAUACUCCACUGAUCUUAUGAUGAGGAAACACCUGAGGAGCAGUGACAGAAAUAAAAAUGAAUUGCGCGAGUGGAAAGGAAGUUACUUAUAGCUCAAAACAAUUGUGAGUAUUGCUGUCUUUCUUAACCAUCACAGAGGUGAACAAAAUUUUUCAGCUUUUUUUUUUACACAAUCAUGUUUGGUAAAAUGCAAUAAAAAGAUUUUAUUUUGAA